AUGGAGGGGGUGCUUCGCGCUGAGCUGCUGAAACUGCUGCCGCUCGUUCAUCCCGCUCCAGGCGGCCUCGGUGGUACCGACGGCAGCGGCCUCGCCUGCGAUGUGACUAAAGCGAAAACCGCGUUCGCUCCUUACAGAAUCUGCCCGUUAGGAGCUCACAUCGAUCACCAGGGGGGUCCAGUGCUUGCGGCAGCCAUCAACACGGGGGUUCGCUUUCUUUUCCUCCCCACUCCCACUCCCCAGGUUGUUGUCGCGUCUCUCCAGUUCAGAGGCACCGUGCAAUUCUCUUUCAGCACACAAGCAAGGCUGGUGAAGAGAGAAAAGCAGCCAGACGAUCGCAACGGAGGUGCAAAAGAGAAGCAAGGGAAGGAAGGAGGAGGCGAAGCAGAGGAGGAGGAGCAGUGCUGGGGCACUGCUCGAGGUGCAAUGUGGGCGCUGCUAGAAGCAGGGCACAGACUGGAACAGGGAGUGGUGGGUGUGAUGCCCCCACAUGUUCCGUUUUGUUGCAUUGAUUUGAAUCCGUCUGGCAAAUCGUCUGGGUUCAAUCUCCGAUCUGUUCCGCCGUGCCAUCUGCACAGGCAGACAGGUGUCGCAUUCCUAUUGGCCCUCGCCGAUGCCAACAACCUCUCGCUCUCUCCAGCGGAGCUCAUUGAGCUGGACAGGCUCAUAGAGAACGGCUUUCUUGGUCUGAGGAACGGAGUCUUGGACCAAUCAGCGAUUGUUCUGUCGAAAGCUGGCCACCUCACACGCAUCUGGUGCCAGGAUCGUCGCCACGACUUCAUUCCACUCCCUGCCGGAUCACCAUCUGAACCCAAUAAAGAAGUGGCCUUCAUGCUGGCCUUCUCAGGCAUGCGGGCGGCACUCACUCAAUCAUCGGGCUACAACAACAGGGUGCAGGAGUGCCAGGAAGCUGCCAGGAUGCUUCUCGCCGCAGCAGGAAUGGAAGUGCCCUCCUCUCCUGUUCUAUCGCAAGUGCCUCUUCGCGUCUUCGAGACCCACAAUCACCGUCUACCUGACGCACUGCGCCGUCGCGCCGCACAUUUCUACUCAGAGAGUGCGCGGGUGCUGCAGGGAGCUGAGGCUCUGCAGCAGGGUGACUGGCGGCUGUUUGGAAGCCUAAUGUCGGAAUCAGGGCAGAGCUCCAUCGAGCAAUACGAGUGCGGCAGUGCACCACUCAUUGACCUACGGUCAAUCCUUCUGGCCACACCGGGUGUGCUCGGGGUCAGGUUCAGCGGAGCGGGCUUCAGGGGAUGCUGUGUGGCGCUGGUGGAGCGAGAGAAGGUUGCUGACGUGGCACGCCACGUGGCGGAAGAGUACUCGCGGAGACAGCCUGAGCUGGCAGCUGCAUGUCAGAAAGAUAGCAUGGUGAUGGUUUGUGAUAUAAGCGAUGGUGCUAGGAUUCUCUGA